AAGGAGGAACAGGUGGUCGCUGUUCACAUCGACAACGGCUUUAUGCGGAAGAAUGAGAGCGAAGCCGUUGAAAAGUCACUGAAAAGUAUUGGACUCAAACUCCAAGUACUGAACGCUUCCCACCAGUUCUACAACGCGACGACAACGGUCUCCGUCUCGAAGGCUGAGCCCAAUCGGAAGCGAACGACGAAACCGUUGUGUCAGACGAUAGCACCCGAAGAGAAGCGGCAAAUAAUCGGCGACACGUUUAUCCACAUAUCGGACGCUCUAAUUAAAGACCUGAAGCUAAACCCCGACGAAGUCCUCUUAGGACAGGGAACCCUACGACCCGAUCUCAUAGAGAGCGCUUCCUCGUUGGCCUCGAGUAAUGCCGACGCCAUUAAAACACAUCAUAACGACACAGAAUUAGUCAGACAAAUGCGAGAUAAUGGACGGGUAGUCGAACCGCUCAAAGACUUCCAUAAAGAUGAGGUGAGAAUACUCGGCCGCGAUCUGGGACUGCCCGCCGAACUCGUCCAAAGACACCCAUUUCCUGGUCCUGGACUCGCCGUUCGAGUCAUCUGUGCGGACGAACCCUUUAUGGAGAAAGACUUCUCUGAGACGACGAGUUUAGUGAAAGUCAUUGUCUCUUACGCCGAGUCUCUGCAUAAG